AUGCCAAAAAAAAAUAAAAUGUUUAAUGAAGAUCAUAAUAAUGAAAAUGAUUCAUCAUCAUCAUCAUCCGAUAAUCACACACCACCAACUACGAAUCGACAAUUUGUCAAGAAAAAACGACAAGUAACACGUUCAACAGGCAAUAGAUUUAAUACAUCACAAAGUGAUGAUGUACAAUAUAAAACAUUAGUAUAUUUUGCUCUAAUCGAUCUUGCAUUGGUUGUGAUUCAAGCAUUGAUUUAUCCAAGUCGACUUAUGGUAAACUAUUUGUAUCAAAUAUUCCAUCGUAUAACAAGUGACGAUAGCACUGUUCAUCCCGGCUUAAAUGAAACUCACGUCGAGUUUCCUGAUAUUACCUUAGAGAAUGAUGCUUCAGUUAUAACGGACAAUGAUGAUGAUAAUGAACAAUGGAAUACUAGUCGUCAUGCUGCAAUUCAACCAGAUAAACAGAUACAAAAAUUUGAUAUGAAUAGUGAAGAAAAUCAAAUUUCUAGUUCCGGAAUGGUUUCGACUGAUAAUAAUACAUUUAUUUCAGCUAAUAAGAAAUUAAAAGAUAGUAUGUCAUCGACUAAAGUGAAUCCUCUCAUCGAUAAUCCGAAAAAUGAUCAACCGGAUGAUAUUGAUAAAAAAUUAAUUUUCGAAGCAAUAUGUUUAUCAUCAGAUGAUAAAGCAGAACCUGGAAAAGAUUUUAUUCCCAAUGAAUGUGCUUCAGAAGAAUUUCCACAAGGUAGUUGUACAAUGUGUACACCAGGUGACGAAGAGUCAAGUGAAGACAGCUGUUAUUAA